AUGAAAUCAUUUAAUAAAACAAAAAUCAAGGUUAUAUUAAAAAAUGUGGUUGAUCUUGGAUUAAAUCAAAACAAAUAUUUAAUUCAAUCAGAUAAAAAAGUGUUAUUUUGCCAACAAACCACAUUUAAAAACGAUUAUUCAACACAAUUUCAACAUAUUUUAUCGCGUCAGGAAUAUAGCAAAAUUAUUGAAACUUUAAAUUCAAAUAUAGAUCCAAUGCUAUUCAAACUUCAAGUUAAUAACUGGUUACUAUUAAUAGCGAUUAUAAUGUUUCCUUGUAUUAUAGUGACAUCAAUAUUUGCAAGUAUGGGAAAAAUAUUUAUACCCACCAUUGUGGUUGGAGCCUUAUCAUGUUUCAUUGGUAUAUUUGCGAUUUUUAGAAAAAAUUUUUUAGAUUCAAAACUAUCAGAUAAAGUAACUAAAGAUAUUCAAACAUUUAAUAAUAGAUUUUCACAUCGUCAAAUCUCAUUAGAAUAUUUAGUAACAACUAUUUAUUCACAAAAUAGAAUAUCUUAUCAAAUUAAUUUACAUUUAAUCUAUCCAAUUAUAGCUGCCCAUACACCUGGAAUGUAUUCAUCUUCACAAUACCCACCAGUUAUUUUAGCUCAAGCCCCACAAAUGUAUUAUAAUGCACCACAACAACAACAACAACAACAACAACCAUUACAGCCACAAUACCAAACUGUCCCAGUAUAUGUUUCACAACAACAACAACAACAACAACCAUUACAACAACAGUAUUAUCAACAACAACAACCACAAUCAUAUUUAAAUAAUGUUGAUAAUAAUAAUUAA